AUGUCGAGCUUUCAAGCGGGUCCUUUCAACCAGGCCCAGACCCCUCAGGGAACUUCUACGUCUUUCCUGCAACAAGGCGUCUCUCGAGAUGUUGUCGAUGAUAAUCUGCAUGACCUCAAUAUAUUAUGGGGCAGCUUGGACACUUUCCCGCUCGAGGGGUUUGGACGGGGACUUCCCAACGAACUUAUCACUCUACCGGAAUUAGACAUCCCGGAGUCUAUCAAUUCGGAGCUCACUGCCCCUAUGACCGGCGAUACUCUUGGCAACGUGAGACUGGAUAGCCCGCUCUCUGACGACGAUGCAUCGCUGUCUAACUUCCAACUACCACCGUUACAACACAAUGAAGACUCUCAAGAUACCGAUAACGUGUUGCAUACUAGCGAGAGUAUUCCCUCCGAGCCUCAUAUCCCCUGGCGGAUCAGCAAAGAGGAUUACCAACUAACCCUGGGGAAGAUAGAGCAUGUUCGCCAUAUUCUUCCGGAAUCAUUUAGCUUCCCUUCAAAAUAUGUGUUCUGUAGAUAUAUAGAAGGAUACUUCACUGGAAGCCAUGGCCAUUUGCCAUUCCUCCAUCUACCAACUGUGACGGUUGCCCAUCUGACACCCGCAUUGGUUCUUGCAAUAAUGGCAAUGGGGGCUCAAUAUCGCUUCGAGCAAGCACGGGCUGUGAAGUUUUACAAAGCUUCUCGGGCACUGAUCAACGACCAUAUCAACUUGCACUCCACGUCGAAUUCUCUGUAUACCCCAGGAUCGCAACUUGAUACGAUAGAUCGUACUGAGAAAACCCAUUUCGAAGUCUUGCAAGCGCAGAUCAUCCUCACCACCUUGGGAACAUGGGGAAAUCAUGAUCUGCUCCACGAUACUUUGGGAAUGGCGGGGCAAAUGUCUCUAUAUCUUCAAGAUAGCGGUCUCCUGUUACAUGACCGGCAUUCCGAUGACGGUUCAUGGCUUGCCUGGAUUCAGCAAGAGGGACAGAGGCGCACGAAAUACAUCGCAUACAUGAUAUGCAAUGUGCAGACAAUUCUUUACAACAUGCCUCCCAAAAUAUUGAAUAGCGAGAUAACAUCUAUUCUUCUCCCAUGGCCCGAAGAACUCUGGUCGGCCACAUGUGCAGCAGACUGGAAAUCGCUCCGUUCCAAAUGGGCCAAGUCCGUGACCUUUGGCGAGGUGUACUCCCAGCUGUUUCGUCACCAGCCGAACCAUCGUAUCUACUCCAGUCUAUCGUCGUUUGGGUACCUCAUCCUCAUCCACGGCAUCUUCCAGCAGAUCUAUCUUGCAUGGGAAUCCUCGUGUUGCCUUCCGGGCUCAUCAGAAGGACAUCCCAUGGCCCUCCCACACGAACUCCUGACUCGAUUCCACACAGCGCUCCGGCGAUGGCAAAAGGGCUGGGAAACCAGCUCAGAUCCGUCAAUCACACCCGCAUCCCCGAAAGGGCCCCUCGGCUUCAAUGCAACCGCGAUCUUCCGCAUCGCAUGCAUCCGGUUACACUUCAACCUCGGGCCUCACCGCAACCUGGGAACCGCAGACCCCGACGCGAUCGCAUCUUCGUUCUGCAACGCACCCCGACCCACCCAGCACUCCUUGCCGACCGGCUCCCGACCCGGCCCCGGCGCGGCGCUCUCGCCUCAGGCCAUGCAGACCCCGCAGAUCUACCAUGCCAUCCUGCAAUCCAUCCACGCCCUCUCCAUCCCCGUCCGACUCGGCGUGGAGUACGUAGCGAGAACGCAGACCCUGACCUGGAGCACCAUCCACUCGCUCUGCAACCUUGAAUGUGCCCUCUUCCUCUGUAAGUGGCUGGAGACGCUAGCGCUGAAUCCGACCGAUUUACAUCGAGACACGCGGCGGUUGCUGCGGAUUAUUUUGAGCGUGCUCCGGGAGGCGGAUCUGGCCCAGCCGGGGGGACUGGGAGGCGAGUUUGGGGCCCAGCAGUUGCGGCGUAUGGGGGCGGUGUUGGUGCGGCUGCUUUCGAAGAUAUUAAAGGGGGAUCACGUCUUUGAGAUGAUGCAUGUUUUCUGUGACUCGCUGCAGAUUUAUGCAAACCGGCUUGAAAACGACAUUGACUCGGAUAUUUCCGCCUAG